AUGGCCCCACUCAAGAUCGUGCUGGAGGGCAAAUCGUCCAUCACCCGCCAACCGGAGCGAGCUGCCCUCGUCUUCGUCGUCCAAACGAGUGGACCAAGCCGAGAAACCGUAUCUCAGGAGGUGACUGGUACAUCUAAUGAGAUCAAUAGGCUGUUCAAAGAGCUGUCACCCAAAGCGGAGACUGGCGAAACGAUUGCAGGCUCACCGGUGACCUCUUUUUCUUCCACCUCCCUACAGACACGAUCUCAAGUGCCGAGAGAUAUGUCGGGCGAGCCUCUACCUACAGUCUACACCGCGACUAUCUCGCUCAACGUACUCUUCCAGGACUUUAAGAAGCUUAACGAAAUCGUCGGAAAGCUGAUUUCUUACCCCAACAUCGAGAUCAAGUCCCUCGAUUGGUGUCUCACCGAGGCGACGCAAAAAUCCCUGAAUUCUGAGUCACGCGAAGAGGCAAUGCGCGACGCCGUUCGAAAAGCAAACGACUACGCUAGGGUCAUUGCAAGAGAAGUCAUUGCGGUGGAAAUCACCGAGUUGGGGGGUGGAGGACAGUUUGAAAUGAGAGCUGGGCAAUACAAUUCAUAUAUGCAUAUGCAGCCAAUGCAGCAAAUGCAGCAACAACAGAUGGCUCAGGCAGGAAUACGUUACUCGUCUUUGGUUGAUUCCCCUGCCCUCAACUCGAAUGCCCAUUUAGGUGCUUCCUCGGGCCUUGAUUUGAGUCCGCAGUUAAUUCGGUACAAGAAUUCCGUGCAGGUUGAAUUUCAGGGCAUAGACAUUUGA